CGUACGUCACCAGAGCCUCCAGGAGUAACUCCAAUGUAGCCCCGGUCGUGCGGGGGACAGUUUAGCAGGGCGCCCCCGGACCGGAAGUGAGCGCCGCACCUCACCGUGACAGGCAGCCCCGGGCCGGAGGGGAAUGCCCUCAUGUCGCAGGUGUCGGGCGCUGCCCAGGCGGCGGCCGGUGGCGGGAAGGAGAAGAAAGUCUCCCUGGGAAAGAAGCUGUUCUGGCGGCGCGGCGGGUUAGUGAGCCGCUUCCUGCGGACCCUCAGCGCCUUGUCCCACCUGAGCACUGAGCAGCAGGAGGAUGCCGCCGCCGCCCGGGACAAGAGCGGCUCCCCGGCCCGGCCCCAGCCGCCCGCCCCGGAGUCCCCACACCUGCUGCCUCCGCCGCCGCUGCCCUCCCCGAGCCCCAGCCGCCUGCCCGGCCUGUCCGGCCUCAAGAACCACGGGAACACCUGCUUCAUGAACGCCGUGCUGCAGUGCCUGAGCAACACCGACCUGUUCGCCGAGUUCCUGGGGCUGGAGCAGUACAAGGAGAGCGAGGCCUCGGGGAGCCCCCUGCCCAGCCCGGGAGCACAGGACCGGGGGGAGGUCACCGAGCAGCUGGCCACACUCCUCCGCUCCCUGUGGACCCUGGAGUACACCCCGCAACACAGCCGGGAGUUCAAGACGGUGGUAUCCCGGAAUGCCCUUCAGUAUCGAGGCACCUCCCAGCACGAUGCCCAGGAGUUUCUCCUGUGGCUUCUGGACAGAGUACAUGAAGACCUGAACAUUCUUGUCCAGCAAAAGCCUCGGCCCCCAGUGGAGGAAGAUCUGACCGGAGAGGGUCCACCUUUUCCAACCAGCGGGACCUUUGUUCAGGAACUCUUUCAAGCUCAGUAUAGGUCCUCCUUGACGUGCCCCCAUUGUCAGAAACAGAGUAACACUUUUGACCCUUUCCUCUGCAUCUCUUUACCAAUCCCCUUGCCUCAUACACGGCCUCUCUAUGUGACUGUGGUUUAUCAGGGGAAGUGCUCGCACUGUAUGCGUAUUGGAGUCGCUGUUCCCUUGUCUGGAAAUGUGGUGCGUUUGCGGGAAGCCAUAUCGAUGGAGACUAAGAUUCCUACAGAUCAGAUAGUAAUAACUGAAAUGUAUUUUGAUGGCUUCCACCGCUCCUUCUCUGACACAGAUGACUUGGAUACUAUUCAGGAGAGUGACUGUCUAUUUGCAUUUGAGACCCCAGAGAUCUACACUUCUGAUGGGAUCCUAGGCCAGAGAGGAGUCUGUGUGAACAAUAACCAGAAUUAUAUAAGGAAUGGUGGCCUUGACCAGCAUAGGUCUUCUCACUACUCUUCCAGCUCGACGCGGCUUUCUAUGAAUAGGUUCGGAGUAGGAGAUCGCAUUGUGAUCCUGGUGUGUAACCGGUCAUACAGCGGGCAGCAUGGCAAGAGGUUCGGCCAGCCAUUUGUUUUACAUUUGGAGAGAAACAUCACCUGGGACGUCCUGCAAAAGGAGAUCUUGGAGAAAAUGCAGUAUUACUUGCGGCCCUCAGUAUGUGUUCAGGUGUGUCCAUUCAGCCUCCGGGUGGUGACAGCUGUCGGAAUAACUUACCUCUUACCUCAGGAAGAUAAACCUCUGUGCCACCCCACAGUUGAAAGGGCUCUCAAAUCUUGUGGUAUCGGUGGGGCAGCCCAUGUGAAGCUGGUGGUGGAAUGGGACAGAGAAACUAAAGAAUACCUUUUUGGGAACACAGAAGAGGAAUACGUCCCAGAUUCAGAGAGUGUUCGCCUUCAGCGGGAGCUUCACCAUCAGCCGCAGUGCUGCAGCCUCUCCCAGUGUUUCCAGCUGUAUACCAAAGAGGAGCAGCUGGCUCCCGGCAAUGCCUGGCGCUGUCCUCACUGUAAACAGCUUCAACAAGGCAGCAUUAAACUCAGCCUGUGGACCCUGCCUGAUGUGCUUAUACUACAUCUGAAAAGAUUCCGACAGGAUGCAGAUCGCAGGGUGAAGCUGCAGAACAUGGUCCGCUUCCCCUUAGUUGGAUUGGAUAUGACGCCCCAUGUGGUCAAGCGUAGUCAGAGUUCCUGGAGCCUCCCGUCGCAUUGGUCACCAUGGAGACGUCCUUAUGGUCUGGGACGGGACCCAGAGGACUUCAUAUAUGACCUGUAUGCGGUGUGCAACCACCAUGGGACCAUGCAGGGGGGACACUAUACAGCAUACUGUAAGAACUCUGUGGACGGCAUGUGGUACUGCUUUGAUGACAGCGACGUUCAGUCCCUCGCAGAGGAUGAAGUGUGUAAACCAUCAGCCUACAUCCUAUUCUACCAGCGCAGAGCAGCUGUGCCGUCCUGGUCUGCAAACAGUUCUGUGGCAGGUUCCACAAGCUCCUCAUUGUGUGAUCACUGGAUUUCUAGGCUACCCGGCAGCCGACAGCCCAGCAUUGCUUCAGCAGCCUCUUCCAGGCGAACAUCUCUGGCAUCACUAGCGGAGUCUGUGGAACUGACUGGGGAGAGGAGUGAGGAUGAUGGUGGCUUCUCUUCCCGGCCAUUUGUCCGCAGUGUCCAGCGUCAAAGCUCUGGCCGAGCCUCCGUCACCAGUCCUCUCGUCUCCAAUGAGAACGGUUUUAGGCCAUCAUGGUCACUGGCAGCAAAACUUCACCUUCGUGCAGCCACUUCCUGCCGUCACCCCUCAGACUCUCCCAUACACGGGUCUUCUCUCAGCAAGAUUGGUGAGGCCGACGACCACGUAUCAACAUCCUGUUUCGGAAGCCUUCGCAAUCUGUCCGGCAGCUUUCAUGAACACCUUGAAGGGGUUCGGCGUGAGCAUCGUGCAGCAUCCCGGGCCCCGUUGGCAGUAGCUGAAUGUGCUCAGAGAGAGACAGUUGUUAAGAAAACUUCAACUGCAGAGCCGCAAGUAAAAACUGCAGCUGAGCUGGUUAGCAGUAACCCAUUGGAUCCUAUAGAUAACAAUAAUCACAUCGCCUUUGUUGAUCAAAGUGAUUCUGUGAGUUCAUCUCCUGUCCGUGAGUCACCUCAGAGUGAGGAAAUACAGACCAAGAAGACUGUGACCAGUAAGACAUCAACCACGCAGGAAAAGGCAACACGAACCCCAGAAAAGGAGAGUAAUAAGACUACAUCAGCUACACCUAGUAGUAGUGGUAAAUCUGUGUCCAAGACUAAGAGGAGUGAAAGGAGUGAAGUGAGAACACCUACACGUCGUUCAUCUCUACAGCCGAAGAAAGACAUUGGGAAACCAUCAGAACCUUCCACCCCUGUGUCUCAGCAGAGGCAAAAAUCCUCAUGUUCUGUACAUGGAAACACCUCCUCCCCAGCACUUAAAAAACCUGCUCCUUCUUCUAAAACCUCUUCUGUAUCCAGCUCAUCUAGUAAGCAUAGACCACCCGAAAAGACACUCAGCAGGGAAGGAUCUAAAGUAAGCUUGGGCUCAGACAAAGCCUCUGCUGCCAAAUCCAGUAGCUCCAACCGUGCUACAAAUCCCAAGAGCAAUGAUACUCCAGCAGAUAGUCGGACUGUACGAAGUUCCUCCAUGGCUAGCCUCCGCACACCUCAGAACACAGCUCGCUCCAGUCUCAAGCGGGACAGCAAGUCUGAGGAGAAGGGCCUGAGCUUCUUUAAGUCUGCCCUAAGGCAGAAGGAGAGUAGACGGUCAGCAGACUUGGGGAAGACAAGUCUGUUGUCUAAAAAACCAACAGGAGCCAAGAGCGUAAGUCAGGAGAAACCAGUUAUCGCUCCAUCGUCGUCAAUAGCCGACGUGGCCCCAAGUCCAAAAAAGCAUUCUGCCUUACCUCAAAACAAAGCCAAGUCUUCCCCUGAUGAAAGACAAGCCCAGUCAUCUCCUGGUGGGAAAAAGACUUCUGACAAAUACCUGAAAAAAUUCCCAUCGUCCUCAAAGCCAUCGCCUAAAGCUCAGUGACCCAGGAAGCAGGGGCAGCCGUAACCACAAGUCCUGAUCAAUGCAGGAGAAGCUGUCCCUGCCUAUGCUGUUGUUUUUGGGAAUGUAUGCACUUUUAGAUUUUUUCUUUUUAACUCUUGUGGAGUUGAGGUUCUUGUCCUUGUAUUCUCCCAGCAUUGCUUGCGCAUGGAAAUUGACUUUGUUGCGUUAAACCUGCUGGUGGUGUGAGCCAUGCCUUGCGAGCUGAUGAACUGUAUUAUUCAGCCCAGUCCUGCUGAACCUUUGCCCGCUUGUCCUAAUUCUCAAGGGAAGAGGAGGAACGAUUGGUUUCUCUUCUGCCAACAGAAUGCUGCUUUUUAUCUCUUAUCUUCCUUACCAAAGCCCGGCUGUGACUAGCACAGAGGAGAGUAGGAAGAAGGUUGGGUUGAAUUCUCAUGCUUAAGGAGAUAACUCUCCUUGGCAAUACACGGAUGGAGUUCUGCAUUGCAUCUUCUUGGUGGGAGUCAUUGGAGCACAUUCAGGCUCUCCUCCAUUAUCACAUUGUAUCACCUCUGGAGCGGCAUAGAGGACAUUGCUGUGGUGCUGACUUUCCAUAUCCCUUUCAUUUACGCUCAUGAAUAACUACUUGAUAUCAUAAUAGUGCUGAUAAUCUAUGUCUAGAUAUAGAGGUUUAAUUCUAUAAGCUAACCAAUGAUCGGCCACUGACUCUUUUCUUUGGUCAAUAACGUACCCUUUCCCCUAAUGUAGCGGUGGAAUUUGGAAGUCCCAUCAUCCCUGUAUGAUAGUGUACCGCUUAGCACGUCUUCAUGUUAUCGUCAUACCUUCAGUCUAUGCAGUACCAUUGUAUACUUACUGCUUCUCCGUAUAAAGCUUCGGCAAGCACAGUAGGGUAGAUCUGUAAAAUCUGUAAAUCCUCGUUGCCAUUCCAUGCACCGUAGCUGCUUUAUAGACCUUUAAUAGUCUCCCCCCCCCCCCAAUGAGACCGAUGGUUCUAUUACCGCGUGCGGUCUCUGCUACUUGGUAGCCUUUGACAUGCGGUUUCAUUCCUUGGGUUAUCAUGGACUAUGAUCGAUGAGUAGACUCUCUUUCGUCUCCUGCCCCAUCCCAGUGUUUUAACCAUGUGUUUGACCUCAGGAAGGAAUUGCAUUCCAGAGGGCUGAUAUCCCAGGGCAGCUUUUGUAGCAGUAUUGGAAACUCGAAUAAGAUAUUAUUAUACAUUUCAUGUACAGCAAAUGACAUUCCAAAAGGUUGGCUUUUAACCACGGGCCGCCAUGUCUGCCUUUUCUUUGUCAAUCACACGGUGCUCCUCUCCCCCCCCCCCCCCCCCCCCCCUCAAUUAGUUUGGAUGUGAACGUUGUUGGUGCCGAUUUAAGAGUAUGAAAUAGAACACUAAAAGAUCAGAACAUUAAGUGAAUCUUUUUUUAAUGUUUACUUUUAUUUUUUUAUUAUUGUUUAUCAUUAUUAUUAUAAUUUUUUUUUUUUGUAGAUUGUUGCUCGGGUAAAGCAUUGCAGAGUACUUUUUUUUUUCUUUUGUCGCCCAGGCUGGCAUACAAGCGGAUGCUCGGUUGAAUCUCUCCCCAAGUUUUCUGUCCCUUUGCUCAGGCACUUUUUUUGCAUGGCCAUGUUGAAUGUGCACGCACUUGUAACCUAUGCAAACUAAUACCGGUAAUAUACUCGGUGCUCUUACCUCUCCGCAAGCGCCCAACCUAUAUUUUAUGUGUUGUUAACAUGUUGUGGUGAUCACAUAUUGGGGUAACUUCUUGUUUUGAAUUUUGUUAUUUAGCCUCUUGGUUAUUGCUGGAAUUUUGCCCUUGUGUAUAGUUACCUUAGUUCAGCCAUUUUUAGGACAGAGGUGACGUGAGCUUAUUCUCUUUUAUAUAAUCUUUUACCUGUGAACAUGAUCACUCUUGCUGGUAAGAAGAGCUUAUAAGAACUUCUGCCAGGGAUAGUCCUAUCAUAUCAUCUAGAGAUGAGCGAACUUACAGUAAAUUCAAUUCGUCACGAACUUCUCGGCUCGGCAGUUGAUGACUU